UUUUACUUCACUAUUUCACAAAAUUAAGCAAUUUGAAUAAGCUCACUAUUUGCUCCCUAUCAAAUUGAACGCACAGAGCUGAAUCAACUCAACAAUGGAAGCUGAAGCUACCGAAAUACAAGAAGAUACAGCCACCAAGAGAACUCCAAAGUUGGCUGGAACUGUCAACUGGGGUACAGCAACUGUAAUUGGAGUUUUUGCCGGGAUGUUAUAUGGAGGUAGCAAGGAGGCGUCUGCUUCUGUUAGCAAGGAUGCUGAGGUAAUGCUGAAGCUUGGGAGUACACCAGACAAGCGUGAGCAGUACAGAUUAAUGAGAGAUGCAAUGGAGAAAAGAUUUGUAAGAGUAACUCGUGGGUCAAUAGUCGGGGGAGUCCGCCUUGGCAUGUUCACGGCUGCAUUUUAUGGUUUACAGAAUCUGCUGGCUGAGAAAAGAGGGGUUCAUGAUGUAUACAAUGUUGUUGGAGCAGGAUCUGCCACUGCCGCCACGUUUGGUUUAAUAAUGCCUGGAUCUCUCAUGUGGCGUGCAAGGAAUGUGAUGUUAGGUUCAGCUUUGGGUGCUGCUUUCUGCUUUCCAUUAGGUUGGCUUCAUUUGAAACUUGUGGAGAAAGCAAAUGAGGGGACAGUAACAGAUGAAAGUGAAGGAGCAAAGGGUGGCGUUGGGGCUGCAAUCGAAAGACUUGAAGGAAAUUUGACCAAAUAGGCAGCUUAAUUGUAGUAAACUUAACUUUGAGCACUCUUUACAUGUCCCUGCAUAUAACGUCCUCUCUUGCAUUCAGUACUACACAGCUACACUCGGUAUAGAAUGUUGCCAGAUAUGAAGCUUACAAUUUCAGUCGCGUGCUGCUCCCAGAGUUAGAAAGUGCUUUAAUAGCCUCCCAUGUUCGAGCUCAAAUCUGAUCAGAAUUUUCAAAAUGGAAGCCGACUUCCUUCUGCUGAUCAAAUUUUCAUCAUAGGAAAAAGUGACUUGUUGAGGGACAAAGAAAAUAAGCUUGUACUGUAUUAUUAUUUUUGAAUAAUUAUUUUUUCCCUUUUGAAUUUAUAA